CGUUAAACAAGAUAUAAAAUAAGAGGUUUAUUUCAGCGUUAAAUUAAAUAUAUUAGAUCGCUGCCUCGCUUUGUUCUCUGUACUCGUUGCAGCGGCGAGGUUGCCUAUGCUACAGGAAAGCAGUAGCGGCGACUGACACAUCUCCUCCGAUUUCUUCUUGAUUUCUUUGUCAAUCCUUUUUGGUUUUUCUGAUGAAUUCUUGAAGUGGUUGUUGUUGUUGUGGAUUGUGAUUUGUACUCGAGUUGCUUCCUUUUGGCGUGAUUUUUUCGGGGGGAUUUGACGCGGAGCUGGCGAACGAAAGCAUUGGAUCGGCGUUUUCAGGGUAAGAAAUGCUCGUCACAGCCGGCGGAGGCUCAGGCCUUGUGAUCGUUGGUGCGGCAUAGAAUGCGGCGGUUCGCUGAUGAGGACGGCGGUGGAGACGGCGGGGAUGCGGUGGGUGAGGAGGCAGAGUGGCUACUGGCUCAGAGUGGGAGCAGAUCUCAUGGCGCAGGCGGCAGGAUAGUGGUCCCAACUAUCGGUCCUGAUGAUGGCGAGGCGGCGUUGGAGAAGGCGCUGGCCAAUGGGGACCUUUAUACUGGGGAGUUCUCCGGGAACGCCCCAAAUGGUGUAGGGAAGUACCUGUGGUCAGAUGGUUGUAUGUAUGAAGGGGAGUGGCGGAGGGGGAAAGCCUCUGGGAAGGGGAAGUUCUCGUGGCCGUCUGGUGCCACCUACGAGGGUGAUUUCCGUUCCGGGCGGAUGGAGGGCUUCGGUACCUUCAUCGGUGCGGACGGACAUACUUACCGUGGCCAGUGGGUCGCCGACCGCAAACACGGCUUCGGCAGGAAGGCCUACGCCAACGGCGACUACUACGAGGGCUUGUGGCGGCGAAACCUCCAGGAGGGCCACGGUCGGUACGUGUGGCGGAACGGCAACCAGUACGUCGGCGAGUGGAAGGCUGGCGUCAUUAACGGCCGAGGUGCCCUCAUCUGGGCUAACGGUAAGCGGUAUGACGGCCACUUGGAGAACUGCGUCCCCAGCGGCAGCGGCGUCUUCACUUGGCCUAACGGCAGCUGCUAUUUUGGUACCUGGAGCAGCGGCGAAGGCGUACCCCUCAACGGGACGUUCUAUCCCGCGCCCAGGACAGUUCGGAAGGAGACUGCUAGAAAGACGAACUCCUUGUCUCAGUUGGACGAUAUGCCGGUCAAACCAAUGUCCCCGGUAGCAAGGAAGAGAUCAUCCGUUGACAAUGGGGGAGCCACGAGGAGAAUCUCUGUGGCAGAAAAGAGCUUCCCCAGGAUUUGCAUCUGGGAGUCGGAUGGUGACGCCGGGGAUAUCACUUGCGAUAUCAUUGACACUUUUGAGGCAUCAAUGCUUUACCGAGAAGGGUCAUUGUUGGACCAGACAGGUGGCGCCCUCAUUGCUACUGUGCAGCGGCAACAAACUCCCUGCUGUUUGGUGUUUCCGGAGGCAAAGAAGCCAGGGCACACAAUAUCCAAGGGGCACAAGAACUAUGAUUUGAUGCUAAACCUUCAAUUGGGGAUUAGUUAUUCAAUUGGAAAGCCGGAUUCAGCUCAUUUGAGGGAACUGAAGACAUCAGACUUUGAUCCAAUGAAGAAGUUCUGGAUAAGAUUUCCUCAGGAGGGAUCAAAGCAUACUCCGCCACACCAGUCAGUUGAGUUCCGCUGGAAGGAUUACUGCCCUAUGGUCUUCAGCCACCUGAGGAAAUUGUUUUCAGUGGAUCCAGCUGACUACAUGUUAGCUAUUUGUGGGAAUGAUGCUCUGAGGGAGUUCUCUUCUCCUGGGAAGAGUGGGAGUUUUUUUUUUCUGACACAGGACGAUCGCUUUAUGAUUAAAACAGUAAAAAAAUCUGAAGUGAAGGUACUGAUUAAGAUGUUGCCUAGUUAUUACCGUCAUGUAUGUCAGUAUUCAAACUCAUUAGUGACCAGAUUCUAUGGUGUGCACUGCAUUAAACCAAAUGGUGGUCAGAAGGUGCGAUUUGUUGUCAUGGGUAAUUUGUUCUGCUCAGAAUAUCGCAUACAUAGAAGAUUUGACUUAAAAGGUUCAUCAUAUGGACGCACAACUGAGAAGGCCGAGGAACAAAUUGAUGAGACGAUAACCCUCAAGGAUCUUGAUCUGAACUUUGUAUUUUGCCUCCAUACAUCUUGGUACACAGAGCUCCUUAAACAAAUCAAACGAGACUGUGAGUUCUUAGAAGCUGAGGGAAUUAUGGAUUACAGUCUCCUAGUGGGAGUUCAUUUCUGUGAUGAUAUCUCACCAUGCUUUGGUUCUUCAAAAAUAUUUGGCAAGAAAGCAUCAUUUAAGUGUGGGGGCACCAGUUCUGACUCGGUUAGAGUGUCAACCUAUCAAGAAAUGGAUCAGAUUCUUGACAGCCGAAAGCCACUCAGCCGUUUGGGGUCGAAUAUGCCAGCGAUUGCCGAGCAUAUUACAAGAAGCGAGUCUGAGCUAUUUCUGGUAGCUGGGGAUGGUUUGCCCCCACUCUUUCGAAAUGGCAAGCUCCAUGACGUGUUUCUUUACUUUGGGAUUAUUGAUAUACUCCAGGACUAUGAUAUCACCAAGAAGUUGGAGCAUGCCUACAAAUCAUUGCAAGCGGACCCCAACUCCAUCUCAGCAGUUGAUCCAAAGCUCUACUCGAGACGAUUCCAAGAUUUCAUAAGCAGAAUCUUUGUGGAAGAUGAGUGACACGGAGCAUCAUUCACAAAGCUUAUGAGCUGCCUAAUGGGAGGAAGGGCCAUUGGCCUACCAUGCACCUCAGCUCACAGUAAUUAUCAAGAUGUAACAUGUAGCUGCAGCUUGAAGAACACCCAAGCUGCAGUGAACUGCAAGAGGAAAACACCUUCUGAUCAUAGAUGUGAUGGAAGCAAUUUUAAGGCUGCCGCUACAAGGUGGUGGAUCUCUUGAUGAAGCUGAAUUUUCUAGCUCAGCUCUGGAAAAAUUCUAUGUAAAUGUUUAUUGGAACGAGUGAGAGUUGUAUUCCAUUUUUUUUCUUUUAUUUUCUUUUCUCUUUUCCUUCAUAUGAAAGAGAGAUUUUUAAGCAAACUCUUGCUCGGGGCAUUGAAUAAUAACAUGUACAGUUGGUUGAUGUUGAAAAAUCAGAUGUCAUGUCUCCCAUUUCUUGUUCA